AUGGCUUCCAUUCAUUUUGAUGGUAAAGCAGAUUCAUGGUUUUUAGACUAUCAGGAGGGUAAAAUUCUUAUCGAUUGGCUUCAAUUUUCUUCUGAUGUUUGUUGUCGUUUUGAAGAUGUUGCUUAUGAUAAUUAUGUGGGUAUAUUUAAUAAAUUUUCUCAGCUCACAACAGUUGAGGAUUAUUAUGAACGUUAUGAGUCAUUAAAAGCUUUAAUGAAGGAUCGCAAUCCAUCUCUUUCUGGUGCUUAUUUUACAAUGAGUUUUAUUAGUGGUCUCAAGGAAGAAAUUUGUAAUCCAGUGAAGAUGUUUAAACCCACUUCAGAAACUGAUGCAUUCUAUCUUGCUAGAAUGCAACAAGCUUCUGUAGAUUUUCAGAACAAACGUUUUUAA